AUGCAAGCCCAACCUGAUGGCGAUUACAAGUUCAUUAUGGUCUAUCAAGAUCACCUUACGAAGUUUUUUUACGUAAUUCUAAGACCUUUAACAUAUAAACGGGCUGAAAAAGUAGCCUACGUGUUAAUUUAUAUUUUUACAACAUUUGGAGCCCCUGAAAUUUUGCAAAGUGACAAUGGAAGGGAUUUUUUCACGAAUAAAGUUAUUAUUGAGUUGUGUAGUAUGUGGGAAGAACUUAAGAUUGUCCGAGGAAAGCCUAGAUACUCACAAAGUCAAGGAUCUGUUGAAAGAGCCAAUCAAGACAUUCAAAAUACACUCGCAACAUGGUUAGCCGAUAAUAAUUCCAAAAAGUGGAACGAAGGUCUUAAAUUUGUUCAAUUUAUGAAGAAUCGGAGUUUUUACUAUGGUAUAAAACGUUCACCGUACGAAGCUAUGUUCGGAACACCUGCUAAAGUUGGCUUGAAAUCAAUCCAAACCGAUUUAAUAUCUACUUUAAAAUCAGAGAAAGACUCUAGGCUGUGGAGCUGUCAUUGA